GUGGGAGCCCUGCCCGCCUGGGGUACUCUCCGCAACUCAGAGACCACCUCCCCCACCCGCCUUUUGGUGCCCUACACCUGGACAGAUACCGGGAUUGAGUUCCCUUGGAACUGUGCCCACUUUGGGGGGCUGCUUUCAGGCCGGGGUGAGUGGAGAGGGCACUCGAGGUUAGCAAAGUCAGUGGCGGACGAAAGCUGGGAUUACCUGCGGGAACGAGGGUGCUGGGGAGUAGAACUAACAUUAACGUCUGGUGGGGGCCCUCAAAUGUGCCACGGCGAGUCACUUGAUUACACGUAUGUUAUUUAGUUAAAUUUGUGAAAAUUAUGAGAUGCUCACCAACCCGGUGAUAAACUCGCUCCCUUGCUAUUGGCUGGACUGGUCACAUGGUCACCAACUUUAUUCAGUUGACAGCAAGUAGGAGGGCCCUAUGGAAGGAGAAAAAAAGACAACACGAGAAAAAUUAGUAUUUUCUACCUUCUGAAAUUAAUGGCCAUGAGUUCGUAUAUGGUGAACUCCAAAUAUGUGGACCCCAAGUUCCCUCCGUGCGAGGAAUAUUUGCAGGGCGGCUACCUAGGCGAGCAGGGCGCCGACUACUACGGCGGCGGCGCGCAGGGUGCCGACUUCCAGCCCCCGGGGCUCUACCCACGGCCCGACUUCGGUGAGCAGACCUUCGGAGGCGGCGGCCCCGGGCCCGGCUCGGCGCUGCCCACGCGGGGUCACGGGCCAGACCCCAGCGGCCCCAGCGGCCACUACGGCGCCUCAGGAGAGCCGUGCCCUGCGCCCCCGGCGCCCCCGCCCGCGCCCCUGCCCGGCGCCCGGGCCUGCAGCCAGCCGGGCGGCCCCAAGCAGCCGCCCCCCGGGACGGCACUCAAGCAGCCGGCCGUGGUCUACCCCUGGAUGAAGAAGGUGCACGUGAAUUCGGUGAACCCCAACUACACCGGCGGGGAGCCCAAGCGGUCUCGGACGGCCUACACCCGGCAGCAAGUGCUAGAACUGGAAAAAGAAUUUCAUUUUAACAGGUAUCUGACGCGGCGCCGUCGGAUUGAAAUCGCUCACACCCUGUGUCUGUCCGAGCGCCAGAUCAAGAUCUGGUUCCAGAACCGGAGGAUGAAGUGGAAAAAAGACCACAAGCUGCCCAACACCAAAGGCAGGUCCUCCUCAUCGUCUUCGUCCUCUUCCUCCUCCUGCUCCUCCUCAGCUGCCCCUGGCCAGCAUUUGCAGCCGCUGGCCAAGGACCACCACACGGAUCUGACGACCUUAUAGAAGUGGGGACCCUGGGCCCAUCCCUCCCUGCGCUCUCGGCCGAGGCGAAGCUUUGGGGGCAGGCCGGGCCUGCUGUCACCUCGCUGGGCUCUAAGGUACUGUAGGGUGGACCUGGGACUCGCAGGCCGCCCUCGGACUAGGUUAGCAUCCUGCCCGAGGGCAGCCCCCUCCCUGGA